AUGGACGCUAGUCUACUACGCAUGGUUCGGGAGCGCGCAUCGGAGCAAUCACCUGCGGGCGGCCAGCAAGGGGGAGCCGGUGGGGGAGGAGCUGAGCACGAGGCUCCUGGUGCCGUGGGCAUCGAUGGAGGGGCUGUUGCACCAAUCAUUGACACGGGAAUGAUCGGCACGAGCUACGACCAAUUCAAGUUUGGAUUCGAGCACAUCUGUGUAACGCCGAUGCGGGAGGGAAGGCACGACCUCACCGCGUGGGACAGCACCAAGCCCAGCCCGAAACAACCCCAUGCGACGAAGGGUUAUGCGAAGGGCCAAAUGCUUGCAUUAAUGGUGCUGAACCGCAGUGUGUUUCUCCACCCAUCUCUGCGAGGUCUUGAUGGAGGAGCAGACUCUCUCCAUCGAACAGAGCUACAAGCAGAUCACCAGCGAUGUAUCUGCUUUCUCGGGCGCUGUCAACACGAUUUUGGCUACAACGGGGGUCAACCGGAAGGAAGGGAGCAAAAGAACAAGAAGAAGGUUGGCAAGCGGGAGAAGAAGCGAGCUCCUUUCAAGGGGCGAUGCUACAUCUGCAAUGAGGAGGGGCACAUGGGUGCCAAGUUCCCCAACAAGAAGAAGGAUGCAACGCCCACGGCAGCCGCGAACGUAGCUGAAGGAGACGAGAAUGGCGUGGUACUCACCGUCGCGUGUUCGGUUGCCAAGCUGCUGGCCGACAACAAGGACUUGUGGUUCUUUGACUCGGAAUGCUCCAAACACAUGACCAGCCGCAAGGAGUGGUUCACGGUGAUCCGUGACUCACCUGCAACGAAAUCGGUCAAAGGGUUUGAUGGUUCUAUGCAAGAAGUCGCAGGAUUGAAGGCCAACUUCGUCUCCUCCUCUGGGCAGCUCAUGGACAAGGGAGAAAACCUGCAAACCCAAGAAGAUGUCACUCGCAUCAUCGCAUCGGGAGGACAAGUGGCUGCAACGGCACGCUAUUGCCAUCGUCUUCUCUGCAAAGAACUGAAACCGUGGCCAGCAAGCAACAGCACAACGGCUGUGGUGGCAUGCAAUGGCACCGUGGCUCAAGCGGCAUGCAACGGCACAGCGGCUUCAGCAGCAUGCAAUGGCAUGGUGGCUGUAGCGGCAUGCAACGGCACGGCGGCUGCAGUGGCAUGCAACGGCACAGCGGCUGGAGCGGCAUGCAACAGCACGUUGGCUGCAGCGGCAUGCAACGCCGCAACGGCUGCAGUGGCAUGCAACGGCACGGCAAUUGGAGCAGCAUGUAAUGGCACGACGUCUGCAGUUGCAUGCGACGGCACGGUGGCUGCGUCGGCAUGCGACGGCAUAGCGGCUGCAGCGACAUGCAACGGCAUGGUAGCUGCAGCAGCAUGCAACGGAACGAGGGCUGCAGUGACAAGCAACUGCAUGGUAGCUGCACCAGCAUGCAACGACACAGUGGCUGCAACGGCUUGCAAUGGCACAGCGGCUGGAGCGACUUGCAACAGCAUGGCAGCUGGAGCGGCAUGCAAUGGCACGGUGGCUGCAGUGACAUACAACGGCAUGACUAAGGCGGUUGCUGAGGUGGCGUCAAGCGAGUCGGAAGAGAAUGACGAAGCGGUCAGCCUCACAACAUAUGCGGUGGGGACCAAGACGAUGCUCAACCAACGGCACACUCACCUUGAGAAUGACCAUUUUGGUGCGGUAAGGUGGACAGCCACAAACGGUGGCAUACUAGGCAUGGACCUGGAGAAAGGAGCUCCCACGGCCUCGGAUGCGGAUGAUGGCAACAACAUGAACGACAUGGCAUUUCUUGCUAAAUGUGUCUAUGACACGGACAUCUACUACGAUAUGGAGUACUUGGAUGAGGCUGAUGAGGGGAGCAUCAUCAUCAACCUCGGAGUACCCUUGAUCGGACCUGAAGGCAAGGAGGUGGACAAAGGUCUCCUCGUGGUGGGAUACCUGUCAUCCACGGAAUGCUACAUUGGCCAGCAGAUUGUGCGCGACCGCCCCAACAAGAUACUCCUCCUGCAUCAGAACGCAUAUGUGUCGGAGGUGCAGCAGCAGUUCUUCAAGGGGGCGACACUGAAGAAGCAGCCCAUCACCCCACUCUCCUCUACCAGCUUUGUCAUGCAGGAUGCUGAGCUGUUUGCCAAACGCACCAUGACUGAUCGCCUUGCAGCAGUAUAG